CAUCGUCACGAGUCUCUCUGGAACGGUUUCUGGACCUGGUCUAACUAGCGACUCAUCGUCUCCUCCUGAAGGGAGUACCAUGACUCCAUAUGCAGCUAUAGGUGGUGGAGUUGUAGCAGCAGUGGUGGUAUUUAUCAUUGUCAUCAUUCUUGUCUAUAGAUGCAAGUGCAAACUGAAACAGGACCAAGAUUAUGGUGAUAGUGACACACGGCGCAUGAGCAUGAAGGACGACCAGCAAGGUGAGAUUGAGAAGGAUGCCUUCCCGGCCCCAAUAAAGAGACGAAUCACGCUGGUAGAAUAUGUCAACCUGAAGUUUAGAGGCAAGCCAGGAGUAAUGGAACCAGAGUCUAGCCACCGAAACCCGACAUACGACGCAGCAGGUGAAAACGCAGUAACUUCGAAGGAGGCAGACGAUUUUGACGGGUUGUAUGCAGUGUCGACGAAACAUCGUCCAAGACCUGACGGCGGAGACGAGGAACAGGAUGCGAGGAGCAUAUAUGCCGUACCAGCAAAGGGCCGACGGAGCAAAGUGCCCCAUGAUGCAUCAGCGCAAUCGCUUCCGGAUAAGUGCGAGGAGGAUGCUGGGGAUUUGUAUGCGGUACCGGAGAAGAACAGGAAAAGCAAAGUGUCCCAGCAUGUCCCAGUUCUUCCACAUACAGAUGACCUUGAAGCCAUGUACGCUAUGCCGAACAAGCCAAGGUUUGAACAGGAAGAUGAUGGGGAUACAACUGAAAUGGUGGAAAAUGAUUUAUACGGAUCGCAAUGACUUGUCAUUCCUUCAACUGUACUUCCUUAGUGUUUUUUUUCUUCAUGUUUCUUAUAUCAUUCUAUAUAGUUUAUGCUUUAUUCUGACAUUUGCAAUUAUGGAAAACUUAACCCGAGAAUAAACAUUGGUGAUCCUGACAGGUUUGUUGUAGUCGUGCCCAUUAAUCGACAAGAUACCUCGCCAAAGUGUUUAAGAACAUCCUAAUUCAAGAAUAAUACAGUUUCUCAGCUCGACAUGGGCUUCGCCAUUUUCUUGAUAACGUGAUGUACGCUUAGUCUUGUAAUCAAGUAAAUGUAUUCAAAUUAAUGGAUAUUUUCUUCCCAGGUGUGUGUGGAAUGAAGCAUUUAUUCACCUGCUAUUCACCUUCCUACUACAACUACCAGAGCGUAAAUUGCAUAAAUAAGUUUGUGUUCUUUUGGGGGUAAAGGUUUCGAAUGAAUUAACAAGAUUUGUCAACUGUUAUAUUUCUUUGUAUUGUAAAACAAAUGUACUACACUGAUUGUUCCCUGUUACAUAUUUUUCACCAAAUAUAACUUUAACCUGCUCAGCUAUGAUUUUUCCUUAUUGGAAAGUAACGGUUUUGUUGAUGAAUUAAAAAGUCUUUCCAGGUAAAGCUUGAUGCAUGGUGCAUGUACUUCGCCUAGUACGUGACAGCUUCAAUGAAAUGACUGCAUCCAUGUCAUGCUGAAAGGCUAUACAUCAUGCAAAGAAUAUCUUCAUUUAUCUUGAUCUCUUGUACAUUUGUGUAAGGAAUAUUUUACAUCAGAAGCCAGGAAUAAACCUCGUUUUAUAGAAUACCUAU